GUCAAGACACCAAAGAUGGAGAAUGUUGAAUCAUCCAGCAGCAUCAGUGAAUCUGUGAAACAGGAACUACAGGAUGAUGCUUUUACAGCAAAGAAGAAAGGAGUGAAAAGGAAAAGAAUUAAAGAUGACCCCAAAGAAGGCACCAGUGAUUCUGCCAAUUCACCCACCCUAAAGAAGAAGAAGCAGCGUCGUCUUGUCGAAGAAGGUGAUGGAGUGGCUCAGACAAAGACGUCAAAGAAGAGAACACAAAAGAUGGUAAAGAAGGAGGAAGAAGAGCAGGCUGUGUCAAAAAAAAGUAAGAAGACAAAGGAGGAGAUUGAAGAAGCAAGACAGCUGAAGAUCAAAAAGAAGGAGGAGGAGGAGCAGAAUCGCUGGAGAUGGUGGGAGGAAGAGAAGUAUGAAGAUGGGGUGAAAUGGAAGUUCUUGGAACACAAAGGACCCUACUUUCCCCCUGAGUACCAGCCUUUACCUGACAAUGUUCACUUCUACUAUAAUGGAAAUGACCCAUGAGGAGAGGUCACUGAUUCAAGAUCUUGAUAAGUGUGACUUUGGAGAAAUCCAUGCCAUGCAUAAAGCCAAGACAGAGGCCAGGAAAAAUAUGUCCAAGGAGGAGAAACAGGCUUUGAAAGAGGCAAACCAGAAGAUAGUGGAUGAAUACGGCUACUGCCUUCUGGACCACCACAAAGAACGCAUUGGCAAUUUUAAGAUUGAGCCUCCGGGGUUAUUCCGAGGUAGAGGCGAGCAUCCCAAGCAAGGCAUGCUGAAGAAGAGGAUCCAACCAGAGGACGUCAUCAUCAAUUGCAGCAAAGAAUCUCGUAUCCCCGCACCACCCGCUGGGCACCACUGGAAGGAAGUUCGACACGAUAACACCGUGACAUGGCUCGUCAGCUGGACUGAAAACAUCCAGGGCUCCAAUAAGUACAUCAUGCUUAAUGCCAACUCAAAACUGAAGGGCGAGAAGGAUUGGGAGAAAUAUGAGGUUGCUCGGAAACUGAAAUCACGCGUGGAUGACAUCCGUUACCAGUACCUCCAGGAUCUAAAGUCCAAACAGAUGGUUACACGUCAGAGAGCUGUGGCGCUGUAUUUCAUAGACAAGCUGGCCCUGAGAGCUGGCAAUGAGAAAGAGGAGGGAGAGACGGCGGACACGGUGGGUUGCUGCUCGCUUCGUGUUGAGCACAUCACUCUGCAUGAGCAGCUGGAUGGCAACGAAUGUGUGGUGGAAUUUGACUUCCUGGGUAAAGACUGCAUUCGUUACUACAACAAGGUUCCUGUCAUCAAAAAGGUGUUUAAGAGUCUUAAACUUUUUCUGGAGAAUAAACAGCCCGGAGACGAACUCUUUGACCGCCUAAAUACCAGCGUUCUGAACAAACACCUGAGUUCUCUGAUGCCCGGUCUGACUGCGAAAGUCUUCAGGACAUACAACGCCUCCAUCACUCUGCAGCAGCAACUUAAGGAGCUCACAAACAAGUCUGACAAUGUGGCAGAGAAACUGUUGUCCUACAAUCGAGCUAACAGAGCAGUUGCUAUUCUGUGUAACCACCAGCGGGCGCCGCCAAAGACCUUUGAGCAAUCCAUGGCUAACCUUCAGGCAAAGAUUGAUGCCAGGAAGGAGCAGCUGGCCUUAGCCAAGACGGAGCUGAAACAGGCCAAGAAGGAGGCCAAGACGAAGGGGAGUUCGGACCCGAAGUUGCAAGCGCUGGUGGAGCGGAAAAAGGCAGCAGUGAAGCGUUGUGAAGAGCAGCUGCUGAAGCUGGAGGUCCAGGCAACCGACAGGGAAGAGAACAAACAGAUCGCUCUGGGUACCUCAAAGCUCAACUACUUAGACCCGCGGAUAUCCGUGGCCUGGUGUAAAAACAUGGAGGUACCUAUAGAGAAAAUCUACAAUAAAACCCAACGGGAGAAGUUUGCCUGGGCCAUCGACAUGACAGAGGCAGACUUUGAGUUCUAACCUAAAACUUGUUCAAGUCUUUCGUCUUAAAAGGUGACAUAAGCUGCAAUUCAGGAACCACUCCGUUAAUUUUACAUACAGUACUUUAAUGCUGCAUUUAUUGUAUUUUCAAAGACUGCCCAUGUUGUACUUAUAACUGUGUGGUACGAUCGAGCUGUGCUUAAUGUGCUUUUGCUUAGUGGUGUUUGUUUUUGUUCGACACUUUCUUUGGAAAAACUGCUGUUAUUUGCUGUUUGUAUGUUUUUGUUUGCAUUAAUCUGAAUAAAGGUUCCCAUUAGGCAGUAACGGGCCAAAGAAGCUGUCACGAGUUCUUAAACACCACUUUUGGGGAAGUGUUGUUUCAAAUGCAUAAUUCUGCUGGUGUCGGUUUGCAUUAACAAAGACAGUUUGUAUAAGACUGAGGGCCAGUUCAUUCUAAACACAGUGCUUUAAAAUUAACAAUGGGAAACGCUGAUUAGAAUGCAAAUAAAAAGGCAGUAACUUUAAAAUCCUUUAAACCCCAUAUUUAAUUAAAAUGGUACAAAGACAACAGAUUUUGCUUUUUGGAAAAAAAUCAAUGAAAAUAUAUGCAUGCGCUGAUUUUUAUUUAAGGGCAGAAAUACAUUUAAACAAACUUUUAUGACCGGUGUUUUCCAGCGUGUUGCGUGACCUCUUCUUGAACUGAUGAGACUAAAUGUGUAGUUUUUAAAGUAAAAGUUGCAUUUUCCAGUUCAUAGUACACUAAAGUUUACAGUAGAUAAUUUCAUCUGUGGAUGCGAUGACAGUCUUUAAUGACAAUAAGUGCUUCUGAGCCCAGUGACUGAAGAUUCUUAUUUUUGUGCCGUGUCACUCCACACAUCUGAAUAUAUUAUGCA